ACGAGAAAUAAACCAUGAGUUCGGGGUUUGUGACUGAAGCUGAGGCCGCUGAGCAGCGGCAGAGACGUCAGGAGGAAUGGGAGCGUGUACGUCAACCUGAAGAUCCACUGGAACGACCCGAGGAACCCUACGACGGACGGUCCUUGUACGAACGCCUUAAACAAAAUAAGGACAAAAAAGACAUGGAGUACGAAGAGGCUCACAAGCUUAAAAACCUCAUUCGCGGUCUGGACGACGAUGAGGUCCAUUUCUUGGAGCUUGUAGAUGCCCACAAAAUGAACGCGGAGCGCCAACAAAUGCGCGAUGAGGAGCUUGAGCUCGAGGACUUUCGGAAUCGCGUGGAGAAGUUGCAGGAGGAGAGUGUAGACAAGAAGCUGCAAGCGGAGCUGAAGACCACAGCAAAGUCCGGUGGAGCGUCUGCCGGGCGCAGCACCCAAAAGUCGUUACUUGGCCAGGGCAUCAAGCGAAAGAAUGGAGAACAGCCUACCACCAGCAAAGUAGCCAAGAAUGCGGAGGGUGAGGUGCCCCAAACAACCGCGGAGGAGGCUGUCAAGGAGUCGCCGGUCAAGACAACGAACACUACGCUAACCACAAACAAGUACGACCAGGGAGCCUUAAAAUGCAUUGCUGUACUGCCAGGCAUCGGUUCCUACACAGAGUCCAGUGACUCAGAGGCCAGCACGGACGAGGAAGAACCAGACCUAUGCAGCAAGACCGAUCUGUGUGGCCGGAAAAUACCCAAGAAGAAGCAAUGCACCGAGUAGGGUCAGCUUUUUAUUUGGAUUCUUAAUAUGUAGUUUCUUUCCUUGCAAGAGAAUAUAGCCUAGAGUGUAAACGAAA